UCUCUCUCUCUCUGAUGAUUAGGGUUUUCUUUCACACUCUCUCUUUCUAGCGCCACUGCCUUUCCUUCUCUCUGUGAUCCCUCGCGUUUCAAUGCCUGCCAAUUCUCUCAGUAAAUUCUACACAGUGCCAGGUCGUUCCAUUAUUGAGCGAAUUUGGCAUUCGAUUCAGUUCAUUUCUCUUCUUCCCCUCAUUUGACUAUAGCGGCGCCGGGUUCCUAUGGCUCCUAGCCGCCGAAAGGGCGCCAGUAAAGCAGCGGCGGCGGCCGCUGCUCGCCGCCAAUGGAAAGUGGGCGAUCUUGUACUUGCCAAAGUUAAGGGGUUCCCUGCAUGGCCUGCCACGGUCAGUGAGCCAGAGAAGUGGGGUUACUCCACUGAUUGGAAGAAAGUGCUUGUUUACUUCUUCGGAACCCAACAAAUAGCUUUCUGCAAUCCUGCUGAUGUCGAAGCAUUUACCGAGGAGAAAAAACAAUCACUUCUUGUCAAACGUCAAGGAAAGGGUGCUGACUUUGUUCGUGCUGUUCAGGAGAUUGUUGACAGUUAUGAAAAAUUAAAGAAUGAGACCCAACUUGAUGUAGCUAACUCAGGUGGUGAAGUUGCCGAUGCACACAUUUCAGAUCCAGUUAACUCAUCUGCCAAGGAUCAGGCAGACGCUCCUGAAUUGAAACUUGCUUUACCAACGAAACCUUCAAAUUCUGUUAUUGACAGACAUGAGUUGGCAUGUGCAGCUGAGGAUGACUCAGCUUUGAAGGAUGAAUCUCAUAAUAAGGAGGUAUCAUUGGAGGAGCCUACUGACAAUGCUGCUGCAGUAAAAGCACUUAAUCCGGUUACAUACUCUUCUCGAAAAAGAUCUACUGGUGACUUGUACAUGCAGGGCUGUGUAACACACAGACAUACCCUGGUACGAAGGUCUAGGACCUCAUCACGGGUCCAAAACUUUUUGAUGCCUUGCAGUGAUAUUGGAAAGAGUGCUGGCAACCUAUCAACUAAUGCUACUCAGAGUGCAUCUGCAAGAAGGAAUAAACGUAUUGGGAAAUCACCUGAUCUUUCUGGCUGUAAUGAUUUAGAUUCAUCUGCCUUUGUCUCAUAUGGUAGCAUGGAGGACAAUGAUUCUGAAAUUCUCACAAUUGAUUCUGAUGGGUUUAGCCUGAAUGAGGGCAGCACAAUAGAUUCAAAUUUUAAACUUGAACACUCUGAGACUAUUGAAUGUGUAGAAGAAGUUGAGUUAAACAAAGGGCUUGAUCUUGAAAUAAAGGCUGUAGUUAAUAAGAAGAAAAGAAAACCAAAUAGGAAGAGGACAACCAAUGAGGCUUCCAAGCCGACUGUUAGAGCAGAGGAGGAGACUGCUGCGCAGAAUACCAGUCAAAGCUCACAGAAUAUGGGUGGAAAUUCACAAGAGAAAUGCUUGGAGCAAGACGGAGAUGAACACUUGCCACUUGUGAAACGAGCAAGAGUUAGAAUGGGUAAAUCAUCACCCACUGAGGUAGAACUUAAUAGCAGUACACAAGCUCAAGAAAAAAGCUGUAAGGAAUAUAUUAACUCACCGCAGCAGAUGAUCACAUCCUCAAAUUGUGAGAAUGGUAGCCCUGUUGAUGGAGACUCAUCUGUGCUGAAUGGAGCUUUGGAAAAUGUUUCUCCUUCAAAGAUUUCAGCUCCAUGUUCUGACACUAUGAUAUAUAAUACUAAGAAAGAGCAGACAUUCUGCUCUGUGGAUGGUGAAGCUGCUUUACCUCCAUCUAAACGCCUCCACCGUGCUUUAGAAGCCAUGUCAGCUAAUGCUGCUGAAGAAGGUCAAGCUAAUAUGGAAGCGUCGUCCUCCAUAAUGACAUCAAGUCUUACAUGCUGUAUAUCUGCUGUCAAGGGAUGUCCGUGUAUGGCCAUUAAUAAUCAAGAAGGUAAUGAUUUAGGACAGCAAAAGUUGGAUACUUGUGGCACUGAUUCUUCUCAUUUCAACGUGUUUAGUUUCUCGAAAGGCUCAAAUCCAGUAGUUUCAGCUGAAAAUAAAUCUAUGCAAGUGGAUAAGCAGUUGACCAAAUUCCAACUGCAUGAAACUGAUAAGGAUGUUCUCUCAGGUGCUACAGAUCAAGCUGGUGAAGAGCAUAGUAAUUAUGUGGUCUGUCAGACUGCUGAAGCAGAUUUGAAAAUUCAGUCACAUGGACAAAUUUCUCCGAAUCUUGAUUCGAAAUGUUGUGAAGUUGGAAGCAAUCAAGAUUCACCAGAUCCGUCAUUACCACCAAAUGAAGACAAUACCAGAUCUGGGAAUCUUUCAAAUACAGCAUCUGAUGCAUCAGAACACAUUGGAAUGAGCCUUGAUCAUUUGGGGGAUGCCAUCAAAAAGGAUAUUUAUUUACCUCAAAAUAAUACUGACGUGCCUCAGAAUGAAGCUGCAGUUUGUAAGGACAUGGAGUGCUUGAAGCCAGCAGAUGGUGACGUUAGGAAAACAAAUGACAUGAGUGAUGUUGUGAAAGAGAUAAAAUGUAAAGGACCAGAGGAGGAUAUGAAUUCUGUUUCAACAUCUGAUGGCCCUUUGGGUGAAAAGGGUAUUUUGGGAGUUCGGUCAAGUCCAUCCUUGACAGAUGGGGGAGAUUGCAUUCCCCAAGGAUCACCUCCAAAUACGUCAGUUUGCAAUGUUUCUACAUCAGACAGUAGUAAUAUCAUUCACAAUGGAAGUUGUAGCCCCGAUGUACAUUUACACCAGAAACAAACUUUAUCUGGUCUUGCUGAUGGAAGUAAAGAUGGGUACAUCACAACUCAACAAUCAAGAUCCAUGGGCAAGUCAACUGAAGCAGGACGUGCUGCGUUGUUGUACUUUGAAGCAAUGCUUGGGACAUUGACAAGGACAAAGGAAAGUAUUGGUCGCGCAACACGUAUAGCUAUCGACUGUGCGAAGUUUGGCAUUGCAGCUAAGGUCAUGGAAAUUCUUGCCCACAAUCUGGAAACUGAGUCAAGCCUGCAUCGGAGGGUGGAUUUGUUUUUUCUUGUUGACUCUAUUGCGCAGUUUUCUCGAGGUUUAAAAGGUGAUGUUUGUGGAGUAUAUCCAUCUGCUAUCCAAGCAGUCCUUCCACGGCUAUUAUCUGCUGCUGCUCCUCCUGGAAAUACUGCACAAGAAAACCGUAGGCAGUGUCUUAAGGUUUUAAGGUUGUGGCUGGAGAGAAGAAUCCUACCAGAAUCCAUUAUUCGCCACCAUAUCCGUGAACUGGAUUCAUAUAGCACUGCAGGUGUCUUCUCACGAGAGUCACGACGGACAUUAAGAACAGAGAGGGCUUUAGAUGACCCUGUUAGAGAAAUGGAGGGUAUGCUUGUUGACGAAUAUGGAAGCAACUCAAGUUUUCAGCUUCCUGGAUUUUGCAUGCCUCGAAUGCUUAAAGAUGAAGAUGAAGGGAGCGAUUCUGAUGGAGGGAACUUUGAGGCUGUCACGCCAGAGCAUAAUUCUGAAGUACAUGAAAUGACUUCUACAAUUGAAAAACACAGGCAUAUCUUGGAAGAUGUUGAUGGUGAGCUUGAAAUGGAAGAUGUGGCUCCCUCUUGCGAUGUUGAAACGAAUUCCCUACCUAAUGUUGAUAAAGGAAAUGCCAGAGAGUUUGAGAAGAAUCUUCACCUGUCCUUUGCUCCUCUACCUCAGGUUGUGCCUCGGUCUUCCCCACCACCACCGUCAUCCCCUCCACCUCCUCCUCCACCUCCACCUCCACCACCACCUCCUCCUCCUCCUCCUCCUCUACUUGCACCUCCACCUCCACCUCCUAUGCUACACCUCAUGUCAUCCACCUCUGAUCCAUAUUGCACUGUAGUUAAUUCAAGAGGUUAUACAGAUUCACAGGCUCAUUUGCAGACUGUGAAAGACAACCCGCACCACUCUAUGCCUCAGCCCUUGGCUGCUCCAAGGAGUAGCCAACCUAUCAGUGAUGCAGUGCACUGUCAGGUCCCAGAAUAUAGAGAAACACAGAUGCACAUGCCGGAAUCUACUUGCUCUUUCAACAGUUUCCCUGUACCACCUCCAGACAAUUUUCAACAUUCUGAAGGUGCUACUAUGCAUAAUAAAGGAUAUUCUAUAAGGCCGCCUCACCAUGUGCCGUCCAAUCAGUUUUCUUUUGUUCAUGGGGAACAGCAUGUGAAGCAACAAAGGGAGGUUCUACCACCCCCGUCUUACUCCAAUAGACAACACUUUAUGCAGAACAUGGAGAGAGAGAACUUCUAUAAUAAUCACGAGAGAUUAAAACCACCUCCAUAUGAUUACCGAGAGAGAUGGAAUGUUCCUGCACCUUAUUCUGGUCCUCGGUAUCAGGACAAAGGUGUUCCUACCCCAUAUGGUUGUCAUCCAUAUGAAUCAACUAGAAUACCAGGUCACGGGUGGAGAUUUCCUCCCCGGUCAAUGAAUCAUGGGAAUUCCAUGCCAUUUAAACCACCCUUUGAAGAUGCAAUACCAGUUGCAAACAGAGACAGUGAAAUGGGUGCUUCGCAAUCAAUCUCAGAAAAUUCCAUCCAUGAAUUCACAGUCAAGGAUGCCAGGGGCAAAGACGUGAAUCUCAGCACCUACAGGGGGAAAGUUCUUCUUGUAGUUAAUGUUGCUUCAAAAUGUGCUUUUGCGGAUGCCAAUUACACCCAGUUAACUCAGCUUCACACCAGAUACAAGGACAGAGGUUUUGAGAUAUUGGCAUUUCCAUGCAACCAAUUUUUAAAGAAAGAGCCUGGGACUAGCCAGGAGGCACAAGAGUUUGCCUGUACAAAAUAUAAGGCUGACUAUCCCAUUUUUGGGAAGGUACGUGUCAAUGGACCAGAUACAGCACCUGUAUACAAAUUCCUCAAAGCUCAGAAAUCUGGAUUUUUGGGUGCUAGGAUCAAGUGGAAUUUCGCCAAGUUUUUAGUUGAUGAGGAAGGUCGUGUCAUUGGACGUUAUAGCCCAACCACCCCACCAUUGGCCAUUGAAAAUGACAUCAAGAAGGCAUUGGGGGUAGCUUGA